AUGGAUUAGAGUAAUAUGAAUCUAUACAAAAUUCCUUUUCUAGAGGAAUUAACAAAGAAUGAGAAAACAGCAACAAUUAAUAAAGGAGAUCUAACAAUUAUUGGAGUAAUUGAUGCUUCAGGUUCUAUGAGUAAUUGUUGGGCAUGGUUGGCUAAUUUCUGGAACAAGAGUAUUCCUAAGGAUAAUUUGAUCGCAAUUACAUUCUCAAAUAACCCAACCGUAUUGAAAGAUAAUAAAGAACUAAAUUUAGAUAUUGGAAAACAUGGAGGUGGUGGAACUGAAAUCGUUCCUGCUUUCGUUGAAUUUGAAAAAUAAUUAGCUAAUGUUCCUACACAGAAUAAUGUAACUGUGAUCUUCAUUAGUGAUGGGUAGGAUAAUUCAGUAAAAACUUUGGAUACCAGAAUGAAAAAUCAACUCAAAGGUAAUUUGUUGAAUCACCGCAUUAAUUUCAUAUGCUUAGGAGUAGAAAAAGGCUUUCCCACUAAUCUAGCAAUGAAUUUAAGAGAACUUUAUCAUAGAGGAGAUCCUCAAAUACCUGCUAUCUAUUUAAUUGAAUACUCAAGUGAAUAGGCCUUUUUUAAUAAGUUUGAAACUAUGAAAUAAUAUUUCUACCCUGCAAGAGUUUUGUAGCUAAAUUAAUAUGUCAAUUUGUACCCUUAUGAUGAGUAAAUCACUAAAGAAGUAUUCGAAGGUUAAUGGUGUAUAUGUUAUAAAAAUGAUCUUAAAAUAAUUAGUAAUGGAUUGAGUAUUUAAUUGGAAAGCAUAAAAGAAGAUUAAAUCACUAUUGAAGAUGCUAUUGAUAUUUUCAGAUCAUGGGUUUAAAAUCUAUAACUCAAAAUCAUUCAAUAAAAACAAGAGUUACCUGGAUAAUGCUAAUAAUGCUUAGAUAUUAUGAAGAGAAUCGUUGGACACCUUAAUGCAAAAUUAGGAUUUGACAUAUUAUCAGUUUCUUAGAAUGAUAUCCUGAACUCCGAUAAAUCAUUCCACGUUAGAGUGAAGGAGGGUUUUGUUUAUAAGUAUUGCACAAAAAUUUUAUAUUUUAUCAAUGAGAUUGAGGCUCUAAUGAAAGGAGUAAAUCCAAAAUAAUUGAGCGAAUUUGAAUAAGCAAAAAGAUUGAUGAUUGGCACAAUUACAGGAAAGCAUUUGUAAAAAGCUUUAGCUCUAAAAGGAAUCACUAUAGAAGAAUUUUAAAUUAUUAAAUAAGAAUUCAUCAACAUCGUUAAAAAUACAUAAUUUAACUAGUAAAAUGAUCAGGGAUAAGAAAGAUCAGUUAUUACACUUGAGAAUUUUAGAGAUAUAUUAAGGGAUCAUGCUUAAAUGGAGGAAUCAAUGAAAUACAUUAAAUCUCAAUAUGACUUUGUAGAAACCUUCCCUUUGAUUGGUUAAGGUAUAAAAGUCAAAAGAUUGGAAGGAUCUCAAGUAAAUCCAUGGUUGGUAAAUGUAAUAAAUUUUGCAAAGCAAAAUAAAGUUAUAGACUCUGGUUAUUUGAUUAAGAAUAAUUUUUAGAUUCAAUUAAAUGUAGGAGGUUAAUAACCGGAAGAAAUAAAUUGUAUACUUCCUUUGUUCAAUGAAACAGAUCAAGAUUUAUAACCAAUUUUAAGAUCAAGAAUUAUUAAGUUACUCAUGACCUUUAUGGUAUAGUAAAAUGUAGAUACACUUUAUGAAGAAUCAUAUUUAGCAUUGUUGGCUAACUCUCUAACAUAUAUUUUAUAAGAACCAGAUAGUUAAUGGAAAUUUGAACAUUUAGAAUUGAUUUAUAACACUAUUAAAAUUGUUUAUAGUGGAACUAAAUAAUUUGAAGAUUAUUUAAAUAAAAUAAUUAAUAAAACAAAUUUGGCAUUGAUGGAAAAAGAUUAAGAAUAUGAACAGUUUAUUUCUUUACCAAAAGCUAUAAUCUAUAUAUUUUAUGCAUUUAGAAGCGGAUUGAUAUAGAUUUAAGACUUUGAGAAAUAUAUUAAAGACCUAAUUGUCUAUAGUAUUUUUAUAGUUUACUCCAGAAGUCCUUAAAUAAAAAAUAAUUGCUUUAAGACCCAAUUAAGCAAGGAAGGUGAAAUAAAAUAAAAAGAAUAUCUUGAAAAAUAUUUCUCAAAAUGUUUGUAUUUAAAAGAUUUUAGAAAUUCUUUACAAAAAAAUUUUAAGUAAGCCAUAAAAGAGUCAGUCUUUUAAAUAGAUUCUUCCAUUAAAAUUAAUGAUGAUAUACUUUAUAACAUUGACUCAAAAUUUAAUUUGAAAUCAAUUGAAAGUCUUUACUAAUUAGUUUUAAAAAAAUAAUUUGACAUCAACUAGUACAAGUAUUAUUUUAAUCAUGUAUUCAAUAACAAUUAACAUGAAGUUCUGACUAAACCAAUAGAUUUUACUGCUGAUGAUUAAAUCAAUAAAUUAAUUACUCUUAAUGAAUAGCAAUAUAGUAACUUAGAUUAUUUAAGAUAGUAAAUGGAGGAGAAAUACUUAUAGAUUUAUUUAGAUACUCAUUUAAUUAUUCCUCCAUUCACAAAACAAGAGUUAAUCGAGGAAUGUUAAAAAAAAGGAGUAAAUUUCCAAUAGAUUGUCUUUAAUGAAGCCAUAGGAAUGACCAAAAAUUGUUGCAUGGCAAAACAAUGCCCAUUUUAUUUAUAACCGAUGGAAACUGUUGUUUUUAGAAAACAUUUACAUAAUUGGUAAGAUCUCUACCCAAGAGGAUUUCAUGGAUUUGUCUUAUAAAAUAUUGAAUAGGGUUAUUCAGAUGAUGAAUUAUUUAGAAAUGCUAAAAUAAGAUACGCAGGAUUUCCUGGAAAAUUUGGUGGAACCAAAGAACAAUCAUAUUAAUAUUUUUCGAUUCUUAGAGAAUUUUAGAAAAAAAAUUUAUAAUAAAUAUGA